AUGGACGAUAGCGGAGCCAUCACCUCGGAGAGGGAGGAGUUCAGCAUCAUGAUCCCGAGGGGCAUGCAGCGAACAGUAUCCAAGACUAUACAAACUGACGAUAACAGGUACUUGCCCAAUCUCCCGCUACACUUGGCCUCAACCAUCGUCGACCUCAAAUCGUUGUCAACAGGGGGGCUGCCGUCGCCUGCGAAGUUCAGCGUGGCCAAAAUGCUGGCGCGUAACUCCAUGCUGGAUCAGGCGCUGCAGUUCACUAACGCCAACGGGUACCGGAACCUGUCGCAUCUAGGAGGGCGUGUGAUGGCCAAGCACGAUCGUCACUGGGAACGAGCCAUGAUACAACGUGAUGCAAACAUGGCGCUGCAACUUGAAGACUGCAGAGAGGCCAACUUUGCAGAUUAUGUACACUACGACCCAGAAGAGUUCGAUGAAGGGUCGCCAACGCCCUCGUUCAGCGAAGAGGAUUCUCACGAGAUACGUAUUGCGAUACCGCUGCGUAGCUGCACUGUGGCGGCUCCGAAGCCGCGCAAGCGUGGCGUUGUAGAGGAGCUGGUGUCGCGGGGAGUUUCACCGGGUGAGGUCGCGAAGUUGUCCGACCUCUUCGAGUACCCAUCAUGCCUGAAAUCAGUAGAAAUGUCGUUCAUACCGUGGAUAAAGGAACAGACGGAAAAGGGAUACUGGAGAAAUGAGGCCGCGCUGUUCGUGCUGUGCGUCACCAUGGCCAUCAGCGUCGGCAACGUCGAGACCCUCUUCAAGCUCAACGCCACCUGGGAUGGGAUGGUAUUCCUGGUGCCGUAUUUCUUCUCCUACAUCCUAGUUGUGCAGCCCAUGAUCUGUCUCGAGCUCAUGCUGGGGCAGCUUUACCGAGGCGGCCAAAGCGCCAUAUAUGACAAGCUGCGUCGGGGAUGCAGCGGACUCGGUACAGCCAUUGUAGUUAUAUGCCUCUGCUCAGGGUGCUUCGCGUGUGCGAGGUGUGCGGCCGAGUAUAUUCUGUACAUUUUGGACAUAUUCAAGCGGCAGGUGCCGUGGAAGCUCACGCCCGAAGAAAUCGCCGUCUGCGCAGAGAUCACCGAUCGAGAACUUUGCAUGCAAAGGGUGCCCAUGUGCUACUACGCAGAGGACCUGUGCGUCGCCAGCGCGUUGGGGAAGGCCUACCAGGCGUAUCAGAACAAGUUUUACUCAACGACCAAUGAGGUGCUUAACUUCGAGCCGUCGCUUGCGUGGGCCAUCGUGACCACGUACGGCAUAGUCUCCGUUUUCCAGUUUGCGGGCAUGGGGAACUUCACGUUCUCGGCGUCCUUGGUCAUCAUUAUCGCAUUCUUCGUCACGCAUAUACAGGCAUUCACGGCGAUCACGCUGGAAGGAGGCACCGACUUCCUCUGGGAGAGUUUUAGGAGCCUGAACUGGAGCAAUCUUUACCGAAGCAGCCGCAUAUGGUCGCAUUCCGUGCGGUCCUGCAUGUACGAGUACAUUGUGGGAAGCGGUAUAUACACCACCCUGGCGGCCAAGUCGCGGAUUGGGUACGACAUAUCCAAGGAGACUGUUGGUGUGGGAAUAUUCUCGGGAUACGUGACGAUGCUGCUGUUUGGCACCGCGUGCGCGCUCAUCGGCCAUUACGCGAAGGUUGUGCGCCUGAAGCCUGUCGAUAUCAUGUGGAUGCUCGGGCAGGACUGCAGCUACAUCCUGUUGCCGCUGGGUUUCAAAUCCACGGAGAACAUGGAACGCACGCUGUGCAUGCUGCAGUUCAGCUGCUGCGUGGUCAUGCUCUGCUCGACGCUCGCCAUUCAAAUUGAGGUGGCGGUUGCUAACAUCAAGGACCUGCCGUUGCUAGGAAUCAACAAGAUACACAGGCGGUGGACCAGCUUCUGCAUCAUACUCAUGCUCAUGUUUUCGUCGCUGAUGCUCUGUUCAAAGACGGGCAAGCGCGUCGUCUGGUUCCUCGAAAUCGCCAUUGGAGACCUGGGUCGAGCGUUCACUGUGUUCAUAGCGUCGAUUGUUGUCGGCUGGCUCCACGGGUGCGACAAGCAGAAGGAGGCGCUCGGGUGGAAGACGGUAUACACGUUCAAUGCGAUAUUCUGGGCGUUCAACUUUGUCGCAUUCCUAUGCGAGACGUUCGACGAAACUGUGUGGGCGAUUGUAUGGUGGAUAAUGCGGGUGAUCGGCAUUGGUGUGGCGCUGUUCGCAGCCUCCUACGUCAACCAGAAUGACCCCGAGCACACCAAACCGUUCAAAGAGUGCGCGUGGUGGCUGUGCUGUGGCAACGUGGAGCAGCUCCGGCUGGAGCUGUGCCGAGUCAGCCCGCUGAGCAACGUCGGCGGCCUGCCCAUGAAGGUGUUCUGGUCCAUCUGCAUCAAGUGCGGACGUAUUCGAGGAGAUAGUGGCGCCCCAUCGCGUAGACGUGCAGGUCAACAACAUCCCCAAUGGAUGGCAGUGGGUCACCAUCCUGAUCUGGGUCUGCCUGAUCUGCCUCGUAUUCGUUCCGCCGAUCCUGCUCCACAUAGCGCCCAACGUCGUGCCGGUCUACGAAACCAUCGACCUGAGCGACAUACCCUCGUGCCCAGUGAAGCACUCGUUCUGGCAGAACCUCGUGCCCCGCAACCUGUUCAGCGAGUUGUACCGCAAAAACGCGGAAGAAAAGCACAGGCUCGCUUAAAUUAA